GGCUCGAUCUGCACCGGCGACCAGGCCUCUGGACCGGCGACGACCGUGCUUGGCCGAGAUCCGCAGCACCAUGCAUCUUCUGAAGCUCGGCCCCGACGAUGCAGAGACGCUCUCGGCCAUGGCGAUCGAGACUUUCCACGCUUGGGCGCACCUCUAUCCCGACGAUGUCUUUCGCUCCUACCUCGACGAGUCCUUUUCGGUGGAGGCCACCCGCUCCAACCUCGAGAGCCCCGAGUACGAGGCGUACUUUUUCAUGGACACCGUUCCUGGUGCUGCCGACGGCGGUGCCCGGCCCAUCGGCUACUGCCAGAUGCGGUGGCAUCGCGGCCAGACGGUCCAAGGACCCGCCCCAUGUGUCGAGAUCGAGCGCUUCUAUCUGCUCAAGGAAUUCCAGGGACAGGGAGCCGGCCGGUACUUUUUGAACGCCACUAUCGAGCUGCUCUUAGCCAAGGGCGCCCGGACGAUGUGGCUCAAGGUCUGGGAUCAGAACGAGAAAGCCCUGGCCCUGUACAGAUCCAAGGGAUUCAGGUAGGGCUCUGCAUGGCGCUGCUCGACUUUGCCUAUCUAUCACCAAGACACAACGACGGUGCCUGUGUGCCAUUAGGUCCGACGGCAGCGUGCCAGAAAGAAUGGAGUCAGCCAUGCCGCAUCGCCGGGUGCUUGGGUCCUUUCGGACCGGUUGGCUGGGGACUGUCGACAUGGCACCCGCUCGACCAAGCACCGAGAUGCCGUGUGAUAACGAAAACUGGCUUCGAGUGCCACAGCAACCCAAAGACAUCCAAACUGAUGCACCUUGUCGAUGUUGCUCUCUCGGCUUCUGGAUGCACUUACCUCCCGAUCGCAUGGACAAGACCGACUGGGGGAAGUGUAAUGCAUGUCGACAGGUUUCGUCUCGAGAUCCUCGAGUGCAACAUGGAGCAGCCUGCGAAUCCGUCGACCAGCGACCGAGGAGCUGUUCGGCCCUCUGGCGCUCCCCCAUGCCAGAAUUAUGCCCACUGAUUCAAAUCCAAAUCCAAAUCCAAAUC